CGGCUACAGCACAUGGCGGCCAUUCUGCUCCAUGGAACUUUGCACGUCACCAUCUUUGAGACCAACGCCUUGUUCAACUCUCAAAAGGCUUCAGUUGCUCCUUCCAAAAGCUUCUGGAAGGCUCCGAAGAUAACAAAGGGCAGGUUGAUGAAAAGAUUGUCAUGGAUCAGGCGAGCAUCAUUUUGUCGCCCCAAGAUGGUUGAAAGUAUAGAGGAAUCCGUGGGGCUCAAGGAGACUAACAAGCUGUACGCAACCAUUGAUCUGGAGAAGGCUCGGCUCGGACGUACAAGAAUGAUCACAGAGAAUGAAAGCAGCAACCCUGGAUGGUGUGAGACUUUUCACAUCUACUGCGCCCACAUGGCUUCCGAUGUCAUCUUCACAGUCAAGACGAACAACCCAGUUGGAGCAUCAUUGAUCGGAAGAGCUUACCUGCCGGUCUUGGAGAUACUCAGCGGUCGCGAAGACGUAGAAAGAUGGCUCGCUAUCUGCGACGAGGAGCGGAAGCCACUUGCUGGAGGUGCUAAGGUUCAUGUGAAGGUGCAGUUCCUUGACAUUUCAAGAGACGCCCAAUGGGGAACCGGGUUACAGAACGAAAAUUACCCUGGUGUUCCUUAUACCUUCUUCCCUCAGCAGCGAGGCUGUAAAGUGACGCUAUACCAGGACGCUCACGUCCUUGAUGGCUUCAUUCCUAAGAUCCCUCUGGCCGGUGGCAAAUAUUAUGAGCCGCAGCGUUGCUGGGAGGACAUCUUUGACGCCAUAUCCAAUGCGCGGUAUCUUAUUUACAUAACCGGCUGGUCGGUAUACACGGAGAUCACUUUAGUGCGAGAUCCCCGUAGGCCCAGACCCGGAGGAGAUGUGACCCUCGGGGAGCUGCUUAAGAUGAAGGCCCAAGAAGGCGUUCGGGUCCUCAUGCUUGUGUGGGAUGACAGGACGUCUGUGGGACUGCUGAAGAAGGACGGCCUGAUGGGCACACAUGACGAAGAAACAGCAAACUACUUCCAGGACACGGGUGUGCAUUGUGUGUUGUGCCCCCGAAAUCCUGACGAUGGCAGCAGCGUGGUUCAGGACCUGCAAAUCUCUACUAUGUUCACUCAUCAUCAGAAGAGUGUUAUGGUGGAUAGCGACAUACCUGGCAGCUACAAGAUGACGAGGAGGAUCGUGAGUUUCAUUGGCGGAAUCGAUUUGUGCGACGGGAGGUAUGACACGCAAGCCCAUUCUCUUUUCAGGACGCUGUGUACUACGCAUCGCGCCGACUUUCACCAGCCCAACUUUGAAGGUUCGUCUAUACAAAAGGGCGGGCCGAGAGAACCUUGGCACGACAUCCAUUGCAGGUUGGAGGGCCCCGUUGCCUGGGACGUAGUCUCCAAUUUCGAGCAGCGAUGGAGGAAACAGAGCGGUGGAAAAGAUGAGCUUCUACUGCCUCUCCACGAGAUGGCUGACGAUGAUGUCAUCAUCCCACCCUCUCCUGUCAUACUCCCCUCUGACAGAGAGUCAUGGAACGUGCAGUUAUUCAGGUCUAUCGACGGGGGCGCCGCGUUCGGCUUCCCAGAGAAACCAGAAGACGCGGCCAGAGUGGGCCUGGUGAGCGGCAAGGAUCACAUAAUUGACCGGAGCAUUCAGGAUGCUUACAUAAAUGCCAUACGCAGGGCGAGGAAUUUUAUCUACAUUGAGAAUCAGUACUUCCUCGGUAGCUCGUACGGCUGGAGGGGCGGUGAUGACAUCAAGGUGGAGGACAUCGGAGCGUUGCAUCUCAUCCCCAAGGAGCUCUCCUUGAAAAUUGCCAGCAAGAUUGAAGCCGGGGAGAGAUUUUCUGUGUACGUUGUGGUCCCUAUGUGGCCUGAGGGCGUACCUGAGAGCGCCUCAGUUCAGGCUAUUCUGGACUGGCAGAGGAGAACUAUGGAAAUGAUGUAUUCUGACAUCGCGGACGCUCUCCGUGCCAGAGGACUUGAGGCUACCAACCUUGACGACUACCUUGUGUUCUUCUGCUUAGGAAACCGUGAACUCAAUAAGGAAGGCGACGGAUACGCCCCACGGGAGCACCCCGAGCCAAAUAGCGAUUAUGCCAGAGCUCAACAAGCAAGAAGAUUCAUGAUCUACGUCCAUGCCAAGUUGAUGAUAGUUGAUGAUGAAUACAUAAUCGUCGGAUCCGCCAACAUCAAUCAAAGGUCGAUGGAUGGGGCGAGGGACACCGAGAUUGCCAUUGGUGCUUACCAAUCUGCUCAUCUUAGUAGCAACACCAAGGCAGCGAGGGGGCAAAUCCACGGCUUCCGCGAAGCCUUGUGGUACGAACACCUUGGGGUGCUCGACAAAGCCUUCCUCCAGCCAGAGAGUCUGCAGUGCAUACGAAAUAUGAAGAGGAUCGCGGCGAGAAACUGGGAGCUCUAUGCGGCAGACGCCAUUAACCGUGAUCUCCCAGGCCAUUUGCUUCGCUACCCCGUCGUGCUUGGUGAUGAUGGCCAGCUCAAGGCUUUGCCCGGGAUGCAUUUCUUCCCUGAUACCAAAGCCCCUGUACUCGGCACCAAAUCAGAUUACCUCCCUCCUAUUCUCACAACCUGAUUCAUUCACUCAUUCAUCGUGGCGCGUGUGUGCUGCAGUUAGAACUUCAAAAAUGCGCGGCCACAGUAUAUGUAGUUGCUCAUCAAAUCAACUUGGAUCAAUCUGUACAAGUGCGUCCUAAUAUUUACAUCCAAAAUAUUAAUUUCUCAUAAAAUAAAACCCCCAUUUUAUUAGAAGUUCAGAGGUGAU